GACGCUCAUGCAUAACAAGAACUCUGCACGUUUGUACACAAGUCUUUACUUUUAACGUAAUAGCAUAAUAGCAACCUGUAGUUCAGCAUAAAAAAUGGCGCCUAAUUUGGACACCAAAGAAAUCCCUCAACCAAAUCUACCAGCCAAGAAGGAAARGUCAGGCGAAACCUCAACCAAAUCAAGACAGCAGGAAAUCGUUUGGAUAAACGUGGCUUUUAUGAUUCUGUUCCAUGUAAUGGCCUUAUAUGGGAUGCUUCUACUGCCCCAGCUCAAGCUUUUAACAGUGGUUUGGAUUGUAUUCCUUCACUUCUUUGCUGGUGCCGGUGUGACAAUUGGUGCACAUCGACUAUGGGCACAUCGCAGCUUCAAGGCCACGUGGGAACUCAGGUUCAUACUUAUGAUUGGCAAUUGUAUGGCAGCACAGAAUGAUAUUUUGGAAUGGGCACGUGAUCAUCGUGUCCAUCAUAAGUAUUCUGAGACUGACGCAGACCCCCAUAAUGCCAAGCGAGGGUUUUUCUUYGCUCAUAUGGGUUGGUUACUUCAAAGAAAACACCCAGAGGUCAUCAACAAGGGAAAAGGACUGGACCUUAGUGACUUGUAUGCUGAUGAGCUUGUAAUGUUUCAAAGAAGGUAUUACAAGACUCUAUCCACAUUCUUCUGCGUGGUUGUCCCUACAGUUGUCCCAUAUCUCUGGGGUGAAAGUCUGUGGCUMUCUUACUUCACAGCUUUUGCCUUCCGUUAUGUUUUCCUUCUUCACACCACAUGGACUGUCAAUAGCUUUGCCCACAUGUUUGGAAACAAGCCUUACGAUGUGAACAUAAACCCAUCGGAAAACUGGUUUGUUGUUUCRSUCACAACUGGCGAAGGAUAUCACAACUUUCACCACACUUUYCCCCAAGAUUACUCAACAAGUGAGUUCGGUUUCUUGAAUAUCAGCACCUUCCUUAUUCAUUGUGCCGCAAGACUUGGCUGGGCAUACAACUUAAAUAAAACUCCUAAAGAAGUUGUUAUUCAGCGUAUGAAGAGGACUGGAGAGCUCAGCGAAGUUAGCAAAAAGCAUGACUGAUUAUCAAACUGAAGUACAAUGUAGUUACACUCAAUAGACUUUUUGUUAAUAUAAAGAAAUCYGUAGGUGAAUAUACCUUUUUUAUAGUUCUCAUGUUCCCCUUMUGUAGACAUCCCUCUUGCUUUUAAAUCUUUUACUAUUGUUGAGCUUCCUGUCUAAUUCUUCGAAAUAUGACCACACCUUAUUCACGUACUGAGUCAAGGUCACAGUUGCCUCUUAAGUUGUUGACAGAAUAAAAAGUAGUACACUACAGGUUUAAAAAAGUGGGGAAAACACAGCCAAAUCACACAGGAAAAAAGAAAAGUCAAAUUAUUUUUUUCAUUGUUUUAUAGACCAUCAUGUUUUUCUCCCCUAACUGUCAUUUCUAAACUUGAACCAUAAAAAAUUAUUAAUACAAUGCAGACUUGAGACCAGUUGAGGUUUACGUGUAACUGUCCAGCAGGCAAAAAGUUUCUAUUAAGUACAAGAACUAGUACAGUUGUUGAAGAGGUGUCAAUCUUAUAGAUAGUUGUUUGCAGAAAAUGUAUGUGAAAAGUUCAAAAGAGGAGGUAUAGUAUCACAAGUUAACUCUGAAACAUGUUAUUGAUAGCAAAUGUAGCAUCAUCUCAUACGACGAUUUUGAUUAUUUAAAAACGUUAAAGGAUCAUGUGUCAUUGUGAGUAUCAACCAAUCAGAGAGCAACUUUAAAUGACAGACUAUUUCUUGAAACAAAACAAAUGGCCAUUAAGGAUCUYAGAUGCAUGUCGUCCUUAARAGAUCAUGGACUGAGGGUAUAAUAGUCAAAAUGUUCUCAUUUUCAGGAUAUCUACUUAGUGUGUUAUCAAAUUUAUCAAACAAUAUUAGUUUAUCAAUUCAAUAUUACUCAAAAUAAAUGUAUGGCAUUAAUUUUUGAAAGUCCCACUAGUUAGUGUUUAAAAGGUUAAUUAACUUAAGAUUUACAGAACUAAGUUAACAUACUGCAAGGUUAUAGGUUAUUUCUAAUCAUGUAAUACUUUUGAAUUUUUGUUAAACAAAAAUACAAACAAAUAGGUAAUAUAUAAAAAUAAGAAUUGUCUGUCUGAAUUGUCUGUAAGAGUUGUCUGAUCAACUUAAUCAUGACUGUAUCAUGAUAAAUAAUAACCUAUCAUAUUAUAUUAUCAGUAAGUUAUAAUCAUAGAGCGGAUUUCGUAUGAGUGGGAAACGGACGGUACUGUACUGUACCGUAAUC